AGGAAGUAGAAUCAUGAAGUAGAACGGCGCGCUUUUUCUGUUUCCAUGGUGAAUCAUUUGUCGCUCUGUUGAGAUUGUCUGCAUACUCUGAGUUGGCUGAAGUUACUCUGAGUUACUCCCGGGUUUUUGGAACCAACAUACCUCGAGUAAGCGAGGUUUGGGUUAAUCAACCGAGAGUUCAGGGUAUGUGACGAAAAGACCGCGUUCCCGACCGGAUUUAUUUCAGCGUUGCAACAGAACCAGAAUCGCCGCGGGGUUGACGUCUCGUUUUUCCAGGAGAAGUCCAUCAAUUUACAUGAUGUAAAUCUGACAGAUCUGAUUUGCUGAAUUGCAGCGCAAACUAGCAUGACGGCCCAUCACGCGUUAUCAACUAACAUGAUCAUUAUAAAGGAGAAACUACUGACAGACUUUUGUAAAGAUGGCGUUUGAGGAAGAACCCUGCAGAAAGAGAGAUGAAAAUACAGAGCAACAAACAGACUCUAUGAAAGUGAAUGAAGACAAACAGCAUCAGUAUGAAAAUGGAAAUGCUGACAUUUCACAGACUGAAAAGAGUUUCACACAAACACAAGCUCCAACCUCUGGUUUCAAAUGGCCUUUUGCUUGCUCAGAAUGUGGAGCGACUUUCAUGCGUAAAAACAAUUUGAAGAAUCACAUGAAAAUUCACACUGAAGAAAAUCUGUUCUCGUGCAAUCAGUGUGGAAAGACUUUCACUCUGAUAGGACGCUUGAAUGUGCACAUGAGAACUCACCCCGAAGAAGGAAUUCUUACCUGCUCUGAGUGUGGAAAGAAAUUUGCCAAUAAAGCAAACUUCAAUUUGCACGUGAAAUCUCAUGCCGAAGAAAAUAUGUUCAAGUGCGCACAGUGUGAAAAGAAAUUCAGAUCCAAAAGUCAUUUCAAAAAGCAUCUGCUUACGCACAACAAGGAGAAGUCUUUCAGAUGUGAUGUGUGUGAUAAAUCAUUUAAUGUGGAGUUUUACUUGAAGAGACAUUUAAAUGUUCAUGCUGGUUUGAAGCCUCACAUUUGUUCCUAUUGUGGAAAGAGGUUUUCAGAUCGACAAGGUUUAACAGGACAUGAGCGUUUUCAUUCCGGUGUUAAACCUCAUUUGUGCUUUGACUGUGGGAAGACCUUCACUACAUUGAAAGACUUAAAAGUACAUGAGAGAAUUCAUAAUGGAGAGAAACCGUACAAGUGCUCACUCUGUGAAAAGAGUUUCGCUCAGAUAACAGCCUUAAAAUCUCAUGCCAGAGGUCAUAUUGAAAAGAAGCCGCACAAGUGCUCUUCAUGUGGGAUGAGUUUCAGCCGAUCGUCUAUUCUAGAUCUUCAUAAGAGAAAGCAUUGCUCAGAAUUAUCUAAGUGAUUAGAAUUCAUGUUCAGAUCCAUCAGGCAAAAAUUUUAAUUGGAAGAAAUCUUUAAUUUAAGGUGAAAAUGCCUCAAAUUUAGUAUGAAUGCUUCUGUUAAAAUGACAAAUAUGCUUUUACCUAUUUUAUUCACUCAUGGUUAAAAGGUUUUAGCUGUAAUUACUUAAGUUCUGUCAUAAAACAAAAUGUUUGACUGACUUAUGUUAAAAGUGCAUUGUCUCUUAACAUAAAAAAGCAAUGGUGUUUUAUUAUAUUGCCAAGGUGUACCUAUACGGUUGGGUGAAGAAGAUUGUUGUUCAACAAUGGAGAUUGUGGGAUUUUAUGUUGGGGGGAGAGAGGAUAGUAAAACUAAGUGUCUCCAUAAUCUCUGUCUGGUUGUUAAGAGGUGAUGUGCUAUUAUUAGGCCUAAUAUUAAUGUCAUUCAUUGUAUCUAUAGCCACUUGAAUUGUGUUACAUCAGAAAUAUGUUACAGCAAUAAAAACAAGCAUCUUGUAUAUUUUUGAGUGACUUCAGUUAUGAACACAUUUACUCUGGUUUAAAUUAAAUGGUUUGAACAUUGUAUCCAUAGUUAUUAAUUAAGCCUCCACUAUUAAUUCUUUCUUUUGAAAUAAAAACUGGGACAUAUAUAUUCCCUUCAUUGUUGAUGUCUUUGUUGAAAAUUAAAAAGUGCAUUUUACUCUCCUUAUGAGUCUAUAUUUGAGAAUAUUAGAAUGGGAAUCGGAUAUUAAGAUGUGUUUUAGUAAUUGAAAUGAUUUUAACAGUGUUUACAAAAUGAACUUUCUGAACUGUGGUAUGGUUUACGUUCAUGAACUGUUUGGAGAAAUGUGAAAUAAAAGUGAUGUUGUCCUAUU